AUGUCGCAUACUUACUACCCCCUACAUCAAGGCGGGGAAAACAAUGCAUCUAACAUGACGAUGGACAUGACAGAUGCCUCCUGCCCCAUCGCCGCCCCACAACUAAUGUACACCCUGACCUCGCACCUCGGCUCCCCCUCCUCUCUCUCCUUCUCCCCCUCGGGCCAGCUGCUGGCCACAGCAUCUUCCGAUUCGACGCUCACCCUCUGGUCCCUCUCCACCGGCUCGCACCUGCAUACCUUCUCCCCUCGCCCCACCCAGAUCUCAGGCUGCGGCUCCGGAAUCAACGCGAUCAGCUGGUCAUCGGACAGCACCUACAUCGCCACCGCCUCUGACGACCACACGAUCAAGGUCUUCUCGAUUGUAACGCACAGGCUCGUCCGUACCUUCUCCGAGCACACGUCUUUCGUGCUCUGUCUGGCGUUCAACGCGCAAUCAACACUCCUCGUUUCCGGCUCGUUCGAUGAAACAGUGCGGCUAUGGAAUGUAGGCCGCAACAAAUGCCAUCGAACCAUCGCAGCACAUUCAGAGGCGGUUUCAGGAGUACACUUUAACAGAGAUGGAACAAUGAUCGUCAGUUGUUCCUAUGACGGCUUGAUUAGGCUCUGGGAUACAACGACGGGGCAGUGUUUGAAAACGCUCGUUCAUAAAGAUCAGAGUGCCAUAGGCGGGGUUGAAUUUACCCCUUCAGGCGGACAACUUUUGUCUUCGAGUCUGGAUAGUACCGUGAGAAUGUGGGAUAUAUUCAACAGCAAAAUCGUCAAAACCUACACAGGACAUACUAACUUAAAGUUGCCUCUCACAGCACAACUCGCUUUUCACCCAGGCAGCAAGCAGAACAGCCAAAGAAUAGCCACAGUCCUCAGUGCAAGCGAAGAGGGAAAGGUGCUCAUGUGGCAUACUCAGUCAAAGGAAAAGGUAGUUGAAUGGCAAGCGCAUAAAGAAUCAGUGAUCGCAGUAACUGUUCAUCCAACUAGAAACAUUCUAGCUACCGCAAGCACCGAGCUUGAGAACGCCGUCAGAGUUUGGUUCUUUCCAGCCCCUACACAAGGCAUCAUAGAAAGCUGA